AUGGCUGAAAACAUGGAGCAGCUGGAGAAUUUCAUUCUACAAAUCGAAAGGUAUCCUUGGCUGUACGACAGCACAAGGGCAGACUACAAGGAUGCCACAAAAAAACAGAAUUCGUGGCAGGCCAUUAGCCUCGUCGUCGGCAUGUCAGUUGACCAGUGCCAAAGAACGUGGAGAAACUUGCGGGACAGGUAUGCACGCGAGUUACGUGCCACGAAACAACCCAGUGGGUCUGGCCGUUCAACCCGGGAAGCAUGGGCCCUGAUGAAGCCUCUGAGCUUACUCUCUAGGUUCAUCAGGCCUCGCUCUGUGCUCCCAAAGGCGACAGGUGCCCUUCUGCCCAAUACACGGGAGGACACAACUCCGAUCAGUGAAACCACAGCAAUGGAUGGCGACCCUCAAGCCAUGCUGCUUUCACUGAUUGGAGGCACACAAGAGGAGACUCUAUCACAGAGCACUCCGUCACCAGUAACCGAAGGAAGUUCGGACGGCUCGUCGGCUUCUGCGUUUACACCAACGCAGGAGUUUCAGUCUCUCCAGGAUCAUGAAGACCGCGGGGAGACUCCUCCGGUUGGUUACGCAAGGCCACCGAAACGCAGAAGGCCGGAGCAAACCAUUGCAACGCUGCAGGAGGUGCUUGUGUCCGCAACAAGGCAAAUGAGCGGUGCCUCAGCACCUUCACAGGAUUACGUUGACAUGAGGGACAGCGACACUCUUUUCUUGCUGAGCCUUCGGCCAAUGCUUGCUAAGAUGGAUGACCGACAAAAGCAUCUUGCACAAUUGCGCAUUCAGCAGCUUCUUUUUGAUAUGACAUAUGGUAAUUAG